AAUUUGGUAAAUCAUUUCGCUUGCAAGAAUUCAACGCCCGCACACGACACCCACCCAGAAGAGAAUAAGGAGAAAAAAGAAAGAUAUUUCAACUGGGUCCUCUCUCUCUCUCUCUCUCUCUCUCUCCAAUCGCCUUGAUUUCGGGCCAUCUCUUUUUCUUGGUAAUUUUGCCUCGCGGAGACGACGACCUCGUCCUCGUACAGAGGGUCAACCGGAAUUCGAUCGUGGUGCUUUGCGCUUUCUUCUGCUGAAUCUUGGAAUUCACAUUCCAACCAUCAGUAUGGGGCAAUGCGUAGCCAAGUUCUUUUUGUCAAAAAGAUUCUAUGUUGUUCAUGGUGCUUCCAGCAAGAAACAAAAGACGAUGACUCCGACCACCAACACAUUGAUUUUGCUAGCGGCAAUGUGCAUCUCAUCACUACAAAAGAGAGCUGGGAUGGAAAGUUAUCAGAAGCUAUUAAGGACGGAAAGAUUGUUAUAGCAAACUUUAGCGCGACCUGGUGUGGUCCUUGUAGAGUGAUUGCACCUUUCUACUCCGAGUUAUCCGAGAAGCACCCUUCUCUCAUGUUUCUUCUUGUCGAUGUGGAUGAACUAACGGAGUUCAGCACAUCGUGGGACAUUAAAGCGACCCCUACUUUCUUCUUUCUUAAAGACGGGAAACAAGUCGACAAGCUCGUGGGCGCCAACAAGCCAGAGCUUCAGAAGAAGAUAACUGCGAUUUUAGACUCGAUCGGUCAAAGUCAGAAAUGAAUGGUUGACUGCUAGAGGUGGGGAAAACAAAGCUAAGCCUCUUUGGAAUUUUGUGAAGCCAUGUAUAUGCAGGUUUCCAAGUUGUAAAAAGCUUUUCCGCGGCACUUGUUCUUGAAUGUAAAUAGAGAUGCUUGAGGAUGUCGAACGGUGAAAAUAUCGGAUUGGUAAUCUCCGUUCUCUUUAUCAUGUCCUCGAUGUCCAUUGUCUCAAUCGGUUUUUGAUCUGAUUUCGAAAAGUCUUUCUCACUGUUCAGAGCAGUAAAGCUUAGUUUGUUGCAGACCUUGUUAA